UCAAAAAUCGUCACAUGGUGGAUCAGGAUCACUUUUCCCCGGUCAGCCCCACGACGCUUUCAAAACCAGACGGAAAUUAAAAAUUAGGUCAGAUUCUUCGUACACAUACACCCCAGGAACAUCUUUUUCAAGAGGAUACGUUGUGCCGAGGUCUGAGGUAGAGAAAUGUUUCCAGCCAUAACAAAGUCUGUGUGCCGUAGCGCUGGUCAUGACAUCCAGAGAACACGGCUGGUGCGACACUGUGUGCGCUUCUUCAACGGGUUCUCUCAGGACGAGAUGCCUGUCGAAGAGACGCCUGCACCCAGGAUUCUCAUCACAGGUGGUUUGGGACAGCUGGGCAGUGGACUUGCCAGCCUACUCAGGAAAAAAUAUGGCUCGGACAAUGUUAUCAUGUCAGACAUAGUGAACCCACCAAGACAUGUCAGAGAAACUGGGAGAUACAUCUAUGCAGACAUUCUGGACUUCAAGAACCUGCAAGAGAAGGUUGUGAACGAGGGCAUUGAUUGGUUGGUCCAUUUCAGCGCCCUGCUUAGCGCGGUGGGCGAGGCUAACGUACCCCUGGCAAUCAAGGUAAACAUAGAAGGUAUGCACAACAUCCUGGAGGUCAGCAGGCAGUACAAGUUGAGGGUCUUCAUCCCCAGCACCAUCGGCGCCUUCGGUCCGACCACCCCGCGGGACCCGACCCCUGACCUCACCAUCCAGAGGCCUCAGACAAUCUACGGUGUGGCAAAGGUCCAUGCUGAACUAAUGGGCGAGUACUAUCACCAUAAAUAUGGUCUGGACUUCCGCUGUCUGCGCUUCCCUGGCAUCAUUUCUGCAGAAACACCACCUGGCGGUGGAACAACAGACUACUCUACAGAAAUCUUCCAUGACGCGGUGACAACCCAGAGACACGAGUGUUUCCUGGAGCACAACACGCGUCUCCCCAUGAUGUACAUCGACGACUGCACGCGGGCGACGGCGGAGGUGAUGGCGCUGCCGGAACACAGACUGAAGCAGCGUGUGUACAAUAUCCAGGCCAUGAGCUUUACCCCUGCUGAGAUCUAUGAGGAGGUGAAGAAGCACGUGCCUGACAUGGAGAUCCAGUACAAACCGGACAGCAGACAGGCAAUAGCUGACACCUGGCCGCAGGUUUUGGAUGACACCAACGCGAGGCUGGACCUGGGCUGGAACCACGAGUACGACCUGCCCAAACUGGUCACAACAAUGCUGACCAAGAUCAGAGCACAGAAGGAGGGGAAACAUGGAACCUCUGCACAGAUCAAAGCUGCUGCUAUUUAACUGUUGGAACAAGUGAGGCUGCUUGUAACACAAACAAAACAUGUAACAACUACUGUCAU